AUGGUUCCACAAUCUUUAAUGGAAGCCUCGGACGAGUAUCGCAACGGUCAGGGGCGAUGCGGGACUCAACAGCCUGACCACCCAAUUGACGGACCUGCAAUAAACACUGAUCAACUUACCACCUUGGAUGUUUUACCAAGCCAACCUGUAACCACCAGAGCGGUUUCCCCUGGGCAACGCAUGAAAUGGACAAAUGAAAUGAACGAACACAUCAUGCGUAGCUAUUACUUAAUUACAAAAAACGAGACAACUAAAACUGGAUACAGAACGCGACUACAUGAACUAUUCCAACGGAAAUUCCCAAAUAUUCAUGUUACAGUACAAAGAGUAGGAGACCAGCGAAGUGCAAUUAUAAGAAAUAAAUACAUAUCAAUGCGAAAACUCAAUGAAUUAAAGCAAGAAGUAGCAAAAGAGCUCUCUGCUGAAGCAUCAACCAUGUCAGCAGUAGAAAUUGAUGAAAUCAUUUCACAAAAUACUGGGGUCCUCUCAACAGAACCCGAAAAUGAAAUAUUAAAAAAGCUCGAAAUUGAAUUUCAAACGGCAAUGGUAGAGUUUUCUGGGACAGAUCCAACACUACGCCCAACCAUACCCAAACAAAAAGCAACAAAAUCGGUGGCAAUAGCAAUUUCUAUACUUAACAAUGAUAUUCUACCAGUAUAUCUGUCUGAGCACGUCAGUACCUUUGAGGAGCUUCAAACAGCUAUAUAUGCAGCAGCAAUAACAAUUACCCGUUACACUGGUGGAAAGCUAUUUCCAAAAUCGAAGGGCAAACCGGAAAAAUCCGAACCUCCUUGGAAACACAGACUAAAGGCACAAAUUCAAAAGCUUCGGGCAGAACUCGGAAGAGUAACCCAAUAUAUUCACGGCAAUCGUUCAAAAAAUAUUUUGAACUGGUAUGAAAGCCUAAAAAAGGAAUAUAAAAUACAUUCGAAGCAAGAUCCACCAAAUAAGUAUGCAGAAGAGCUUUUGGACACAUUGCGUCAAAAGCUAGCGAUAAAAUGUAAUCGGUUACGAAGAUAUACGUUAUCUGACAAGAGAAAAACUGCAAAUGCUGCAUUUCAGAAAAAUGAAAGAAGUUUUUACAUGAAAUUAAAGGACAAUAAGACUACCGACACAGCAGAAAUACCCACCAGCGCGCAAAUCGAGCAGUUCUGGAAACCCAUAUGGUCUUCAAGCGUAGCACACAACACGAACGCUGCAUGGAUCUCAGAAGAAUGGCAAAGAUGCGAAAAUAUUAACACAAUGGAAGAUAUUACGCUACACGAGUUGGACAUUAAACAAGCAGUGGAAAAUACCCACAACUGGAAAGCUCCAGGCCCUGAUGGCAUUCACAAUUUCUGGCUAAAAAAGUUAACCAGUGCUCAUGCUCUAAUAGCUGACCAUUUCUCAGCCUUCCUUCGAAAUGAAGCUCAAGUACCCACUUUUAUGAUGAAGGGGAGAACUCAUCUCCUACCGAAAGACUCAAAAAAUACUGGUGAUCCCUCAAAGUAUCGUCCUAUUACCUGUCUAUGUACGCUCUAUAAACUAUUAACGUCCUGUAUAGCAACCAAAAUAUAUGAGCAUAUCAAGCAUCACAACAUUGUUGCUACCGAACAAAAGGGGUGCAUAAAAAACAGCAAAGGAUGUAAGGAACAGCUUAUAAUAGAUUCGGUAGCCAUGGAACAAGCUUUCCAUAACCAGCGAAACAUCUAUACCGCUUAUAUUGAUUAUACUAAAGCGUUUGACAGCAUUCCCCAUUCAUGGCUCCUUAAAGCACUGGAAAUUUAUAAAGUAUCUCUAAAUAUAAGAGAAUUACUAUGUAAAACUAUGAGCUCGUGGGAGGUAACUCUCAAUUUAUCACAUAAAGAUGGGCUUAUAAAGACAGCUCCUAUACCUAUUAAACGAGACUUGAUUAUGAUGAUCCACUUAAAAGGUGCCACCGUCAAUCUGGCGCUUAUAUUUACUGACAAUUGGCACAUAUUUGCUGUCGACACCAGGCCUUCCAAAUAUUUGAGCCAAAGAAGUGCACCACAACAACAACCAUACCGGAAUACCAAAUUAAAGUGA